AUUAUUUAAUAGAGUGUGCAUGAUACUACAGCCAUUUUGGAUUAAAUUAACGCAUUCUGAGUUCAGACCUUUCACUGAAUUCUUAUAGGUAUUCUACAUCCCCCCAGUUGAUUGUAUCACCUCAUGUUCACACCCACGUCUGCUUGGCCCACCAAUCACUGUCAAGUCGGUGAGAGAGAGAGAGUUUCGAUUGUCAACGCCAAAUUCAAUAGCAUAACUAGGGGGGGAAAAAAUAUGGUGAAAGCCAGAGCAGGCCCAUUCAAUCCUUUCCUGUCUCUGAACCAUUGCUGUGUUCCUCUUCCUUUCAUCUAUACUCUCUGUUAUGGGUUAUUCACUAUUUGUCUUAGCAAUCUUUUUCUUAUCUUGUUCUCUUGUUUCUUGUAUUACUUCAACAGAGUUUCUAUACCCAAACUUCACUGCUUCCAAUCUCCAAUUCGUUGACAAUUUUGGCAACUUUUUAAUCUCUCGUAAUGGAACAUUCAAAGCCUCUCUGUUCAAUCCAAAUGGUCAGCAAACAAACUUCUAUUUGUGUGUCAUUCACAUGGCAUCCAAUGCUAUCACUUGGUCUGCUAAUCGUGAUGCUCCCAUUUCGAAUUCAGGAAAGAUGAGUCUAACCCUUGAUGGGAUUUCAAUUACCGAUCAAGAUGGCGCUUUUAGAUGGUCAACUGCGCCAUUGAAGGCGUCGGUGUCCGCUCUUCAGUUAACCGAAAUGGGCAAUCUUCUUUUGCUUGAUCAAUUCAAUGUUACCCUUUGGGAGAGCUUUCGUUAUCCAACGGACACGAUUGUGAUUGGGCAGAAUUUGCCUCUUGGGUUAUUGCUGUCGAGCGCUGUAUCAAGCGGUGACUUGUCAACUGGCAAUUACAGGCUCGCGGUUAGUGCCUCAGACGCUUUACUGCAGUGGCAGAAUUUGACAUAUUGGAAACUGUCGAUGUAUACCAAGGCUUAUACGAACUCAAAUUAUGCAGUGGAGUAUAUGGCGAUAAACCAAACAGGUCUGUAUCUGUUUGGUCAUAAUGGUAGUGUAGUUGUUAUUCAGGUGAACUUGUCUCCAUCUGAAUUUCGAAUAGCCAAGCUUGAUUAUUCUGGCCAGUUCAAUGUCUUUUCUGGGUCUAGCUUGAAACGGGAAUUUGUGGGCCCAGAUGAUAAAUGCCAAAUUCCUUUCAUCUGUGGAAGGCUUGGUUUGUGUUCUGAUGAUGCUGCAUCUAAUCCAAUAUGCUCAUGUCCACCUAACUUCCAUGUAAUUUCAAAUUCAGCUGAUUGUGUGCCAAGUGAUGGUUCUUAUUCCUUGUCAGUUUCAUGCAGUUCAACGGAUAACAACAGUGGGAGUAACACUUCAUUGGUGUCAUAUUCGAGGCUUGGCUAUGGUAUUGACUAUUUUGCGAAUGAUUUCACUAUGCCUGUAAAGUCUGGUGUUAACUUAUCAGUCUGUGAAGAUCUCUGCUUGGCGGACUGUUCGUGCUUGGGAGUUUUCUUUGAAAACUCAUCCGGUUCGUGUUUUGUCCUUCAAAAUGAGUUGGGAUCGGUUAUGUCAACCACCGGAAGUGACGGUGAUCGAUUGGGCUUUAUUAAAACACUAGUUGGAUCUUCGCCUACAAAUGGUAAUAAUAAUUUUAAUGGUCAAGCACUAAGAUUUCCCAUAGUUGGUUUGGUGCUCUUGCCUUUCACGGGGUUUUUUCUGUUAGUUGCCCUGGGAUUCUUCUGGUGGAGAAGGUCCAGAAUCUCUAAAACUGGAAAGGUAAAACUCAGCUACCCAACCUCUCCUUCUUCAGGGGAACUAGAUUCCUUCUCUAUCCCAGGCUUACCUGUAAGAUUCGAGUAUACAGAGCUAAAGGAUGCAACCGAUAACUUCAACACUCAGAUUGGAUCAGGUGGGUUUGGUGCAGUAUACAAGGGUACUCUCCCAGAUAAAUCUCUAGUUGCGGUAAAGAAGAUCACUAAUUUAGGCAUUCAAGGGAUGAAGGAUUUCUGCACUGAGAUUGCAAUUAUAGGAAAUAUUCAUCAUGUCAAUUUGGUCAAGUUGAGAGGCUUUUGUGCUCAAGGGAGAGAACGAUUGUUGGUUUAUGAGUAUAUGAAUCGUGGCUCCUUAGACCGAACCCUCUUUGGUAAUGGACCAGUUUUAGAAUGGCAAGAAAGGGUUGAAAUAGCGCUUGGAACUGCACGUGGGCUUGCAUACUUGCACAGUGGGUGCCAACAGAAGAUCAUCCAUUGUGAUGUCAAGCCGGAGAACAUACUCUUGCAUGACCAAUUCCAGGCAAAAAUCUCUGAUUUUGGGCUCUCAAAACUUUUAGGCCCUGAACAGUCUGGUCUAUUCACAACAAUGAGAGGUACUCGUGGCUAUCUUGCUCCUGAAUGGCUUACUAGCUCUGCAAUCUCAGACAAAACCGAUGUUUAUAGUUUUGGAAUGGUAUUGCUUGAAAUUGUGAGUGGAAGAAAAAACUGCUCAAUACGAACACAAAGCCAUAGUAUUGAUGAUGAUACUAGUGGUGGUGGCUACUCAUCAUCUUCAUCAGGACCGCCACAACUUGUUUAUUUCCCACUCUUUGCACUGGAAAUGCACGAGCAAGGAAAGUACUUGGAAGUUGCUGAUCUGAGGCUAGAGGGGCGGGUCACUAGUGAAGAAGUGGAGAAGUUGGUGCGUGUGGCUUUGUGUUGUGUUCACGAGGAGCCAGCACUUAGACCGAAUAUGGUUAGUGUUGUUGGCAUGUUGGAAUGUGAGAUACCUGUGGGUCAGCCAAGGCUGGAGUCUUUGAACUUUUUGCGCUUUUAUGGGCGUCGAUUUACUGAGGCUUCCACAAUAGAAGAGAACGAUGGGCAAGAUGAUUUUAUGUUAUAUCCACGAGCAAAUGCUUCUGUUAGUAGUAAAAUGAGUGGCUCACCUACUUCAUUCUCUUAUAUAUCAUCACAGCAGGUCUCAGGCCCAAGAUAGUAUUCAUUGGCUGAGAUUUUUACUACUAGUUUGUGGUUUACUGUGGAUUAAUUGUGUGCCAUUAAAUGUACGUAAUUCUAUUUUUCAUUUAGCUAUUGUAGUCUCUCUAAUGAAAUUCAAUAACUCAAUUCUUACUUCUUCUUGUA